UAGGUCGCAACCCUACAAGUUUUGCUCAACCCAAACAUUGUGUAAAGUGUAAACCCAUCCAUUGGACCAUUUCCCUAAGCAUUCCUAACUUGUUAGUUGUUAGGUGGAUUUGUCUAUCACUUUUCAUAAACUCUUCUCAUCUCUUUCACUUUCACUUCUUCCAUUCCAUGAACUAGUAAAACUCAAAACAAUGGCAACUUUUUCUUUCUCCUCUCACUUCCUUUCCUCCACUAUUGCUCCUUCCAAGAACUCUUUUUUCUGUCCCCCCAUCAGAGGAAACACCAAGCAAUUCACUUUUUCCAAAGCCACAAACCUCUUGCAGUCGCAGCCACGGAUAAUUGUUUGCUCUUCUUCAAAGGAUGGAGGUUCCGGUGACAACCCACCAAGCAACUUUUGCAUCAUUGAGGGGCCAGACAUGGUUGAGGAUUUUGUUCAGAUGCAGCAGCAGGAAAUUCAAGACAACAUAAAGAGCAGGCGCAACAAAAUAUUUCUUCUCAUGGAGGAGGUGAGGAGAUUACGUGUGCAGCAGCGCUUAAGGGCACAAAAAGCUGUCAAUGAAGAUGGAGAGGAGGAAGCAAAUGAGAUGCCGGAUAUUCCUUCAUCCAUUCCUUUUCUUCCUCUUGUGACGCCCAAGACUUUGAAGAAGCUCUAUCUGACUAGCAUAUCAUUCAUAUCUGCGAUAAUUGUAUUUGGCGGGCUUAUUGCACCGACGCUUGAGCUAAAAUUAGGCCUGGGUGGUACCUCAUAUGAAGAUUUCAUAAGAAGUAUGCAUUUACCUUUGCAACUAAGUCAGGUCGACCCAAUUGUGGCGUCCUUUUCAGGUGGGGCUGUUGGUGUGAUUUCAGUACUAAUGUUAAUUGAGGCCAACAAUGUUGAGCAACAAGAGAAAAAAAGGUGCAAGUAUUGCCAUGGAACUGGAUACUUGGCCUGUGCUCGGUGUUCGGCUAGUGGUGUAUGCUUGAACAUUGAUCCUAUUUCAGUAUCUAAUGCUUCUGCUAGACCUCUACGUGUACCUACAACCAAAAGGUGUCCAAAUUGCUCUGGUGCAGGAAAGGUUAUGUGUCCAACAUGUCUUUGCACUGGGAUGAUGAUGGCAAGUGAACAUGACCUGCGUAUUGAUCCAUUCGACUGAAACUUGACAUGAAUUGAGGACUUGGGAUUUUGUUGCUCUAACUGUAUGUCAAAAAUAUGAACACCAUCUACAAAAUCCCCUUCUCCAAAUUUAGCAUUAUUAUUUAAGAAAAAAUAUAUAAGGAAUUGGGCUAAAAUGGUUCCAUUGUAGUCUUCCCCUCCAGAUAAACAUUGCCAAAAUUGAUCGGCAAAUAUUCUUUCUAUAAGAACCAAUGUUGUACUUUUGAGUAUGUUGCAGGUAAAUACUGCAUUUUGUCAUUAAGUAAUAGUCCUUGUUUCAGUUAAAAAUAAUAAGCAGUGAUACAGUCAUUAUUUUUAGAA